AUGGCCAUCUCCAAGACAUUUACACUUUGCAUUGUUGCUCUCUUGGUGUGCUCGAUUUGCAGUGAAACAACGAAUGCAAAAUAUAUCGGUUAUGGGACAAUACGCCGUGAUCAGCCGUUUGGAUGCAACGGGCAAAGGUGCAUGCCUGCACGAUCCCACUCUUAUAACAGAGGUUGUGAGAAGGAGAAUGAGUGCAGAGGUGGUGGUCGUAAACUAAAAUGA